CGGUAGCAUGUAGGAUGAUGAAAUGAAAUGUACACGUGUGGGGAAUAUCUAGGUCCAAGAAGAAGCUAAACCUUGAGGAGGUUGCACGUUUCCUUCUUAUUUUGUUCCUUCUCCUCCUCCUCCUCCUCCUCCUCCUCCUCCUCCUCCUCCUCCUCCUCGUACCCUUCUUCACAAGUCACAACUCUUCAAUUCUACUUCUCCUCGUCAUAACAGAUAAUUGCAUCACAAAUCUUAUAAUUUGAGACAGUUCAGGAAAAUUCAUCAUCGUUUGAACGAUAUUAUGAUCACCAUGGAUGUAAAAGGAAUAAAUUGGGUUGGAGACAUGUACCAGAAAUUUGAAAAUAUGUGUCUGGAGGCAGAAGACAUUAUGUAUGAGGAUACAGUUGAAUAUAUAGAGACUCAGAUACAGACUGUUGGAGAUAGUGUCAAAAAGUUAUAUUCUGAUAUCGUGGGAGAUUUAAUUCCUUCAAUUUCAUGCAUUUUGGAUGAAAAGGAAGACUCUGAAUUGCCAAUAGAUCAACAACAUACUGACGCUGGGUUCUGUAAGAAGCCAGUCCAAAAUUCCAUGGAAAGAUAUGCAAAGGUUAAUACCAAGCUCAAGCAAACAAACAAUGGUUUGAGAAUUGAUCAUAAUGCUGAUAAUAAUAAUGUCAUACAUAAGACUGGUGCUUUGUUUAAGCCAUCUUCAAGAAGUUAUGUCAAAAAAAGCAAUAUUGUUUCACGUCCAAGACAGUACGUUGGGAGCAUGGAUAUUAAAUCAAAUCUAAGCAUUGAUGUAAAUAAAGUAAAUGAAAAAAUGGCUGCAACCAAGAUAUUCAAUGAACUCACUUCAGCAGAACCAGAUACACGCAUGCCACCACUGUGUUCUGAAAUUUUAAAUGAAGAUCAAAAUCAUAAAGCUAGUGUUUCAAAGCCAGCUUCAGAUGUAGUGGCAAGGCUUUCUUCUGAAGAAAAACAGAUUGGUGCGAGUUCUUAUGAUAAAAAAUGUCAUAAUACCAUGCAAGAAGAUCAUCUAAAGCUCGAGGAAACUUGUGUUAUGGUGACCGGAGAUGAUCUCCAAUUAAUUGCCAAAGAAAUCGCUAAUCUGAAGAAAACAAGGCGACCAGGCUUUUCUUUAUCCAAGAAGUCUGCAAGAAAACAAGAGUAUAUGGAGCUUGCAAUGUGGCAUGGGAAUAGUGAAAAAGUAAAGGGAGUUCCUAGUGUGUCUGAAUCUGAAUGGGAGCUUCUGUAGAUACCAGAAUGAGUAAAUUGUGCAGAUACAUAACCAAUCCUACAAACUUGAUUUCCACUCCUAAGUCCUUAUGAAGGAGAUCAAUGUACCCUUCUGGAAAUUUUAGAUGUUAAGAAGAUUUAAAUUCCUAAAAUAUCUCGCCAUAUAUAGAAUACAAAAUAAUCUGUAACUUCGCUUAUUUUAUAAAAUAUUGAACACAUCCUAUUUGCAUAUUA